UGACGGUCUUCUCUUGUCGAUAAACAAACAUGUAAAAUAUCGCCAUUCACGCAGCGGGGAUAGUGUCCUUUGUGAGACAGGCUGUUUGUUGGACACUUUGAGCUGAACACGACGAAAAAAGCAAGCGGCUAAUUUUUUCAUGGACUUCUUCUUCUUAUUGUUAUUAUUGAGCGUUUUCGUUGUGCAACCGUAUCGCUGGGAAUGAGCAUGGACAUGUAGCUAAUGUUGGUCAAAUAUCUCUGACUUUUAUUGUGCAAUAGCGUGUUGUGAGCUACACCUUUCAGGCCUUAUUGUGUGUUUUCUACUUUUAAAAAAAAAUAGCAAGGGUUUCUCUCCUUUUUUUUCUUUCUUGGAUUAGUUUGCUCAGAAGUCAGUAACGUUACCAUGAGUUUCUUUAGUUUUGGACAAACUGCAGAAAUUGAUGUAGUCCUGAAUGAUGCUGAAACGAGGAAGAAGGCUGAACACAAGACUGAAGAUGGAAAGAAAGACAAAUACUUUCUUUUCUAUGAUGGUGAGACUGUCAGUGGGAAGGUGAACGUCACACUGAAGAACCCCGGGAAGAGGCUGGAGCACCAAGGGAUCAAAAUUGAAUUUGUUGGACAAAUAGAGCUGUAUUACGACAGAGGAAACCACCAUGAGUUUGUUUCCCUGGUGAAAGACCUCGCCAGACCUGGUGAAAUAACUCAGUCACAGACCUUUGACUUCGAGUUCACUCAUGUUGAAAAACCUUACGAGUCCUACACAGGUCAGAAUGUUAAGCUAAGAUACUUUCUACGCGCUUCGGUGAUCAGAAGACUAAAUGACAUCACUAAAGAGAUGGACAUUGUCGUCCACACGUUGAGCACUUACCCUGAACUCAACUCGUCCAUUAAAAUGGAAGUUGGAAUUGAGGAUUGUCUCCACAUUGAGUUUGAAUACAACAAAUCCAAGUACCAUCUGAAAGAUGUUAUUGUGGGAAAAAUCUAUUUUCUGCUGGUGAGGAUUAAGAUAAAACACAUGGAGAUUGACAUCAUCAAACGUGAGACAACAGGCACUGGCCCCAGUGUAUACCAUGAAAACGACACUAUUGCCAAGUAUGAGAUCAUGGACGGAGCACCAGUCAGGGGAGAGUCCAUUCCCAUACGAUUAUUUCUGGCUGGCUAUGAUCUGACUCCCACCAUGCGGGACAUCAACAAGAAGUUCUCUGUGCGCUACUACCUUAACCUGGUGCUGAUUGAUGAGGAGGAGAGACGCUACUUCAAACAGCAGUUUCUUAAGUGUGGUAUAAACACCCCUUCUUCUUUUUUAGGAGAUCACACUGUGGAGAAAAGGGGACGUGGUAAGGAAGAGCAUGUCUCACCAGGCAGCCAUCGCCUCUCAGAGGUACGAGGGCUCAGCCGCUUCAGAGAGUGCAAUGGAAAAGAUUGCAAAGGAGGAAAGCGGGUAGAGCCACCGCCCUCCAGUCUCCUCUCACAAGACUCAUCAGCGUCUGCGUCGGAGUGAUGGAGGUACCGGUCUACUGUACAACAUCUGGUGGUGCAGCUGUUUUCGUUGUAGCCGCUGCUGGUAAAGGGAGGAAGAAGGGAAACCGACUUACAGUGAACAGUAUGUGAACAAUGAAAAAGAACAGUUUGCAUGAGGCAUUUAAAGUGGCUUCAGCCUGCUGGUCUUGUCCUUCCUCAUUAAUGCAUUUUUUUUCUCUUCGUCUUGGGAAUCAAACUAAUCACCAGUUGCCGUAUCGACUAUAAAAUCCUCUGCAUUACAUUUUUAAGCGAUCACCCUUCUGUUUAUCAUUUUAACACUUUUGGGGUAAAUUGGUUUCUAAUCUCUUAAUGCAACUAAACUGUCAUGUAUUUCCAGCUAAAUGUAUCUCCGACAUUCCACGUUUAAUGAACGCAUUCCUAACAUUGUUGUAAAGUCAAGAAAUCUGAAAUAACUUUGCACUGCUAUAUCUUGUUCAACAGUUUUCUCUUUGUUUGUGUGUAUUUGCACAAAUGAUAGUGGACUGGGGAAAUGGAAUUUAAUCUUUUUUUUUUGUGCGUGUGAGAGGGCUCAAGUGUUAUCCCACACAUUUUGUUGAGAUCUGUAAAUAAGACCAGCUAAAACCAGUUAUCAUGUUCCAGUUUGUGUACAUCGAUUAUACAGUACACGGUGCCACAAAAUGACCUUUCGUGAUCAUACGCUUUACCUCAGCAUUCCAGUGGUGUUAGGAAAGGAUGUCAAAGAGUUUGUAUUAAUAAGGUCUGAUAGUAUGAAGUCCUCUGUAUCUUCUCUUUUAGAGACUUGAAAGUUGUGCCUAUGUGUAUCAAGCAAAUGAAAUCCUCCUGCCUCUAACAUGAUUUUAGUCUUUUAACCAGAGAAAUGUUACAGUAGAACUAUCUAUCUUUUGCAAUAUGCUUAUCAAGUAUUCCUUGUCCCCGAAAGUCAAAUAAAUUGAUGCCAAAUGGAAAAAGUCAGACUUUGUUGUUUUGCAGAAUUGAGUGAAUGUGUUGACAUGAUAAACCUGAAAUUGAC